CAUGCUCAGUGCGGUCUGGACUUGAGACACGUGACGGUUAUUGAGGUGGUCGGGACUUACCCUGCUCAAGUUGGACGAAUCCGGCACAGGCUUCUCCCACCAGGACUGGCCCUGCAGCUCAGGUUACUGCUCCGGAUCCCUCAGAGAUCUUUUCAAAUGGUGCUGGUAGACAAGCAGGGCCUGGACAAGCAGCGCUACCCGUUCCCCAUCACAGCGGCUGAAUUAUUCACCACCAUCGACACCUUCCCCCUCCGUAAGGACGAGAUGGUGUUACAGCAGGGGGCGGGACAGACCUGUCAAUCAUAAAACACUCCCUGAAGUGAAAUGUCAUCCAUUUUUAAUCCCACUCCUUUCCCGUCAUAAAAUCAGACAAGUGGGCUC